AUGGUCAGGGCACUGGCUUCCACGAAGAACAAUGCCCUCGGCUGCCUCAUCCUCUCCCCCCUCCCUCCCCCCACGGUGCAGAGUUUAAUGAAUCAAGGUUGGUCGGUGAAAGUCAGCCAUCUUCUUCACCCGGUCACCUGUUCGCCGACUGAUGAUUAGCCGCGUGGAAGGUAGGAUAGGGGGGGGGGAUAGAAGACGGCAAUAAAUGAAUAAAACCUCUGUCCCCCGCCUUAGUUCUGGUGAAUUUCGAUGGGGGAGAUUUCCAGACUGUGUGAGGCCACGCCCUCUUCCCACGUCUCUCCAAAACAUCCACUCGAAUGCUCGACAGUCAACCAACUAAACAUUAUUGAUUACCCCGGGGAAUUGGAGGCUGGAUGAACUCCUUCCCCCCCCCCCCGGCCUGCAACUGCAUAUCCAGCCCAGUGCUUAUCAAGUGCCCCAAAUGAUGCUGCUGAUGGUGGUGGUGGUGAUGAUGAUGAUGAUGAUGAUGAUGAUGAUGAUGAUGAUGAUGAUGAUGAUGAUGAUGAUGAUGAUGACGAUCAUAGUUCUGGCGACAAGGCCGAUCUCUCCUCCGCAUUCGCCUCGCCUUCACAGUCGUAUGCCAGUCAGACAGAAGGAUGA